AUGUCGCCCAGUUUCGACUCGGCUGCCUGGGUGCCGGAACAGCAUGUCUACGGCCUGCUUCCGCUGCUCAUGUGCCGAGAGGUCAUUCGCGAGGAGCUGACGAAUCCGCCGCCCACCGAUCGACUCAAGGCCAUAGACUCGAAGCACUGCGAGACCCAGAUCUUCAAGCCUCCUCGGAAAGAGACAGCUCACGACAGCUUCGACAAUGAGGCUUACGAAGACGACGAUGACGACGGCAGCUACAUCUCGGAGGGUGAGCCCAUCGAGCCACACGAGCCCGUCGCUUGGGGCAGGAGUGCCCGAGGCGCUUGGUGGCGGAUGCGUGGCAACCUCCGAGAGGAGCUGGUUGUCCGCAGUGGCGUGUCUCUGGCAAGCGCUGAACUUGACCGCUGGGUGCCCUCGCACAACGCAGUCUUCCAGCAGAAGGGGCGGCCUCGGGUGCUUACCUCGGGCAAGGGCCAGGGGUGCAUUCGCAUGCCGAUCCAGCCCGAAGGCUGGGUGACGGCCGAUGCCUCUCGCGCUGGCGGUCCACAGUAUCUGGUUCGCACGCACGCCCCGCAGUGGCGCGCCGUCUAUGAGUCGGCGGAGGGUGAACAGGACAUCAUCGUCCGCGCAUCGUUAGAGCUGGACAGCGAAGUUGUCGCAAGCCUUUCGUGCGGCGAUGUCGUGGAGCAGGAUGGCCCGGUGGUCAAGCUCGAGUCCUGGAUUCGCAGGAUGCCAAUCGUUGUGAAAUCUUCGUCCAAGCACAACGGCAGCUCCCACAGGGUGGCUGGGUGGGUCACGACAGAUGCGAGUUCUGCAGGUGGACCCACAUUCUUCCAGGUCAUUCCAGAGGCUGAACCCAACAACGCCAAACGAAACCGACAUCGGCAGUAA